GGGAGCCUGCAGCAUCCUUGGGUACCACAGCAUCCCAGGGUACCACCUGCCCUCCCAUCCCUGUUGGGGGAGGGGCCGGGCACUGGGCUGGCCCUGCUGAGAUCCCCCCCCCCCCCCAGCCUCACAGGACAACACCCUCUGUGGGACAUGGAGGUGCCCUGGCCUGCGACCCCAGCAGCCCUGAGCAGCCUGGCUGUGACCCAGACACAUGGCAGCCCUCAGCUGUGGGACUGGGCUCCUGCAUGUAGACCCCAUGGCACAGCGGUGCACUGGGAUGCUCCUGGUCCGGCCUGGCCUCACUGAGCACCCAGUGCUGCCUGCACAGCCACGUGCCCCCACCGCCAGCCCCGCUCUGAGUCACACACAGCAGCAGCUCACAGGCGGUGGCGGCUCUCGGCCGUGCAGCAAGGACUCGCGCUGCCCCCUCCCCACCGCCCCAAGCCCCCCUGGAGCAGGGAGAGUGCCCAGCGCUGCCUCGGAUCACUGGGUCCCGGCUGUGGGAUCCCGCACAGAGACAGGGACAGCGGAGCGAGCUGGUGACAGCACUGGGACAGGGAAGGAUGUGCUAAAUCCCCCCUCCAGGUCCGAUGCCCGCCCUGGAGCCCUCCUGCAGCUGCAGCCGCGGCCCCAGUGUGGCACAGGGGAAGUGGUACGGGGUGCGCUCCUACCUCCACCUCUUCUACGAGGACUGCACCGGGGCCAGCUCCGAUGGGGACAUAGAUGAGUCCUCACCUUCUCAUCCCCACGGUGUGUGGCCCUCCAUUAUCAGGAAGGUGACUUUCUCCACGGGCACUCUGUUCCUGCUGGCGGGGGUGGCUGCCCUGGCCACCGGCUGGCUGCUGCCCCCCAGGCUGGAGGGCGUCAGGGAAGAGGAGCUGGUGGUGCUGGAUGUGCAGGCCGUGCACUAUAACCACAUGCUGGUCACGUGCCGGCUGCUGGGCACGGCGCUGUGCAUCACGGCCGCGGCGCUGGGUGCUGUGGGGCUGCUCUGCUGCGUGCUGGGCCAGACAGGUGGGCCCCACGCUGCCCCCGAGAAGUGGAGCAGCAGCUGUCGCCCAUCCUGCAGGGCAGCCCCCAGGGCCCUGCUGUGCCCUUCGGUGCCUCCCAGCUCCAUGGUGUCCAGCCCCGGCAGGAGGUGUGAGGCUGGGUGCACUGCUGCUGCUGCGAGCCCAGAUCCAGCCCGGACCCAACCAGAUCCCACCUUGGAUCCCAUCCUGGCACCCAGCUGCCCAACCCUGGAUCCCGGCUGUGCCACGGGGACUCGCUGCACUCAGCGCCAUUCCCCAUCUGCAAAGGACCUGAGCACCGACGGCCACCACCGGGUCCUGACCUGAGACAGCCCAGCAGGGGACUGCAGCUCCUCCAGCUGCUCCUCAACCAGCUGUGGGGACAGGCACGGCCCCAGCCACGACUCCCGAUGCCGCCU